UUUGUUCAGCAUGUUGUUUUGGCGGGGCGGAAGUUAUUGUUGGGAUAAGAGUUACACCUUACAGCUGCUGAUGUGUUUUUCAAAACAUUUCAGAGGAAUCGACAGCCAAGUUGAAAACUUGACGGAAGUGCUUAUUAUGUAUUCAGACGGGUCUUAAAAACAGUCUGCUGUCUCUCAGAGAACAAAGGUUCAUUGAGCCUUAGCGGCAUCGGCUAACAUCUGAAUGCACGGAAAGCUCAGGAUAACUGAACUCAACUAAUGCUGUUACCAUGCCGUCUUAUGAAGAAUUCAGAAAAACCAAUCACUUCUAUUAUUUCGUUAAAUUCUCUCUAAAUGUCUAUUCAAUGCUAUUCUCGUUGCUCGGUCUGUGCGUGCUAUGUAUUGGAGUUUAUGCAGAAGUGGAGAGACAGAAGAAUCGCACCCUGGAGGGUGUGUUUUUGGCUCCUGCCGUGGUCCUCAUACUGCUGGGUCUCGUCAUGUUCACUGUGUCUGUGAUGGGGAUGGUGGGAUCCCUCAGGGACAACAAGACUCUGCUGCACAUGUUCCUGUGCGUGCUGUGUGUUCUGCUGGCUCUUCAGGCUCUGGCCCUCAUCAUUGCCCUGAUCUUUGAAAAGACGACAGUCAAAUUAUUUCAGAAGAGUAUACGUGAGGGAAUCAAGCACUACUAUGAUGACCUGGACUUCAAAAACAUAUUGGACUACGUGCAAGAGAAGUUUUCUUGUUGUGGGGGAGAUGAGUACAAGGAUUGGGAAGUAAACCAGUACCACUUCUGCAAUGGCACGAGUGCUUUGUCCUGCGGCGUUCCCUACACCUGCUGCAUCCGUCAAAGCGUUGGAGAAGUUGUGAACACACUUUGUGGCUACAAAACUCUAAAUCAGCAGCGUGAAGCUUUAGAUGGCAUAAUUCAUGUGCGUGGCUGCAUACAUGCUGUGAACCUGUGGAUGGGGGACAACAUUGGCGCUACUAUUGGAAUUUGCUGUGCGGUUGGACUGCCACAGCUUCUUGGUAUUCUCCUGAGCUGUAUCUUCUGGAAUCUUUUGGUGGAGAUGAGUGAGUCUGAAGACAUGGUGGACUUUAAGUUACUAAAACGUGGUUUUGAGUACAGCGAACUGGACCUCUCGGGUGCUGGAUGGUGCAUGUGUCUACCUCGUGACGAAGGGUACCUGCCUGUACCUGUAACAGAGCCUGACACCUGGACUCCAGACCCCAUCCCUUUCAACAUGGAACAAGAGCAGCCCAAAAUAGCCUUUACACAUUCCCAACUAGGGAGCCAAGGAGCUGAGUCAGGUGUGGGAAUGGACGAAGUGGACAAUCGAGCUUAAGAACCACAAAGAAAAUGAAGCUGCAUCUUAAGCGUAUUGUUUUUUGUUUUUGUUUUUUUAAAUUGUGAUUUGUAUAUAGAAAAGUUUGCCCUUGCACUGUGUUAAGAUAAAGCGAGUUAGUUGCACUACAUGUUGGUAAAAAUGUUUUUAGGCAUGAAAAAAGGAGGUUUGUUUAAAACAUUUGGUACUAGGGGGAAUCAGGCUUGUGUUUAUCAAACUUUUAAAAACAUCAUUUCAAAUGCUGUUUACAGUCAGUUAUUUUUCACCAUUUUAAUUCUUUCUGUCUUAUGGGAUUAAGGGAGUUUGACUUGUUUUAUUGGUCAUAUUGUCAUUUAAUAGUUUAUAAGGUACAUAGAAAGGAUUCUAUUAAUUAAUUGUUGGCAAUCAAUUUUUAAAAUGUUUUUAAAAUAAUUUAUGAUUUUAUUAUGUCAUUUAGGCCAAUAUUGCAAUGAGUUCAAUGAAAUUGGCAGUUUUGGAAUUCGUCACUGUUGUAACUGGCAGAUGAGGCUGGGCAUUCAUCUCUGGUCUAUGCAACAUUUUAUAUUCAUGUUUUUAAUUGUUUUUAUAUUACACUGUUGUCAUGAAACCGACUCUCAGUAAAGAAGGAACAUAUAGGAAUAUUAUGGAUCUUCUUUUUCUUUUAAAAGAGCAUGUGGUUUGUGUAAUGCCAACAUUUUUCCUUAACAGUAAUAAGUACCAAUGCAAUUUAUUUAUUAAAGUGUUGCCUUAAGUACAACAGACGUUUUCUUACCUCAGGCUAUUCAGGAAUAGCCACAUUGAUUUGCAGGUAAUUUGUAAUAAGGAUUUUUUACUUUUUUUUUUUUUUUAAAGGGAGGCCUGGCAUUGUUUAACACUACUUGAAGUUUAAUUUGUCUUGAUGUAAUGCUUAUAAUUAAUGUUUAGUUGUCAUAAACUGCUGUUUUAAAUGUGUAGUUCAUUCAUGUUUUAUCUUUCUCAAGUCUAUGAAAGGUUUGAAAAAAAGUUUAGCUUGAAGGAUGUCACAAUUAUGACUCUCUGCCAUUAAUGUACAAAACCCACCUUUUAGUUGUAAGUAGUCUAUUUGAAAUACCUCACGAUCGCACCUCUUUGCUAAUAGACCUUUUGAUGAUGUUGCUAAAGAUGGACUGCUGUGCUCCAGCUAAUGUAGCUCUGGUUUUGUAACAUUGAUGUGACUUUCAAUAAAAUCAGCUUGAAUUAACUUUUUAAA